AUGGGCACCCGACCCCGCAGUCCCAGCGCCUAUCCAGCGCCCUGGUGGGUACAACAGCCCGGGGAGCCACACCCUGCCAAGCGCCUGAGAUCCCAGGAGCCUGAAGGCCCCGACUUCGAGAUGGCGCCCAGCCUGGCGGACCUCACGGGACCCCAGGCCGCAGGCGCGGUCACCUGCACAGUGGUCCUGGCCGCAGGCUGUGCCCUAAAGGUGCGCCUGGACGACGUCGACUUGGUGCUGGAACCCGAGCCAACGUCGGUCCUGCAGGUGUCUCUCGGAGCGUACACUCUCGUGCUGGUUCCUGAGGCCCUCCUCGGUUCAGGCGACCAACACCUUGGAGAGCAGGGCCACUUGCCUGUCGGCCUAGAACCUGGCGCUUUCCUGGGCACCCUGGGAGAAGUUGUUGCCAUCGAGCAAGAAUUAUGUGCCUGUUCCCCAGAGAUCGCCGCCCAAGAGGAGGUCUACGACGAGGAGGAGGACCCUGAGCUCCCGCCACCUUGGAUGGACCAUGCAGCAGACCCAGUCGUUGGGCUCCGCCCUGUGGCUGCUGGAGUGUCUAGCCCCUACCCGCAAGGCAGCAUCCUAGACCCCUCGCCUUGGGCCCCCACCCCUAGUCCAGAGAGACUCUCUCCUGGCCGCUAUUUCAGCCUCAAGUUGCGCCUUCUGGAGCCUUUUCCCAACUCGCCACUGCAACCGCUACCUCCGUCUCCAAAUCCAAGUCCCCAGGCGCGCCCCCAGCGCCCUCCCGGUCCUCACCCGAAGGCCCGGAGACGCCUGUUCCAGGAUUGAACUGCCUCCCAUAACCCCUUGCCACCCGGCGGGGAACAGAAGAGGUGCUUCUGAGAGCGGUAUUGUUUUGCAGUCAAUUUUCAAGAAUUACCGAGGUUGGCUAAGGGACAAAUUUCUUUUUUUUAAUUCAGGCACUGCAGAGUUUUGGAACAUUGGCAGACAGAAAUACCUGAAAGGAAGACCACGUCAGCAGAGAAAUACUGCUGGAAAUACAGUGACUUUGCAGCAUCCAGAUUGCUGCUUAGGUCGUUUUCCCUUGGGCCGCCCUGCCCCCUGGUUUGCGUUGAAUCUCAGCACCAGCACUUUUUUCUAAAAUUCUGUCCUUUCCCAAGCACUACCGAUGUACCCCCUUUUCUCCCAAAUUAGAGUCAUUCUUAAGUUUAAUGGUUUUGGCCCUUGUUAUGUGCUAGUUUAUGACAACCUUCUCAACAUUUUGUGCUUUUUAUGGUGAUUCUGACUCCUAUGGGGGAUCUAGGAAAUACAUGUAUGUGGACAAAUGGUUGUUUGAUACAAAACAAGUACAAAAUGGGGACCAAAGAUAAUGUAUUCUCCUCUUAUUAAUGACAAAGUUAGCAAAGAAUUUAACUGUAAUUUUGGGCUUAGGGGAUAGAGUGGUCCCCAAAGAACCAAUUCUUUUCCAUUGUCCUUAUGUAUUUUUAAUAUAUAAUUUUCCUUUCCUGGAAAAG